AUGUUGACCCUCACCUCCCGGAGACACCCAACGUCCUUCAUAAGGACUUUCCAACGGUGUAGUGCCUACUCGACGGCACCCCCACCUCCAGCAAAGGUCCCGCUGGCGCUCGUUGCGGAGCUACGCAAGCAAACACAAGUGAGCAUCUCCAAAGCUCGCGAGGCGCUUUUUGCAUCCAAUGGCUCCAUACCUGGCGCGCUCGAGUGGCUGAAGAACGACCUCGCCACCUCCGGCGCAAAGAAGGCCGCCAAGGUCGCGUCCCGGGAGACGAAGGAGGGGCUGGUGAGCACCGCGGUUCUCUCCCCUGGGGCUGGGUUCCCCGGCACAGUUGGCGCGGUGCGCGCGGCGCUCGUUGAGCUGAAUUGCGAGACGGAUUUUGUUGCGCGGAACGAUCUGUUCGCGCAGCUCGCGGCGGACAUUGCGCAUACCGCAGCGUACAUGUCCGAGGCGAAGGAGGGUGCCAAGGUCGGUUUUGCGUCGGUUGGGCUGGAGGAACUGAAGGAGUUCCCGCUCAUCUCCAAGAGCAACCCCGGUGCGGUGUCGUCUGGGACCACUGUCGCCACCGCCAUUCGCGACACUAUCGUCAAAGUCGGCGAGAACAUUUCUUUGCGGAGGGCAAGCGCCAUCGUCGAGGAUGCCCCCCUCGUUCCUUCGCCAUCAACGCGAAGCGUGCUGAACCUGGGAUCCUACAUACACGGUGGGCUCUCAGGGCUCCCAUGUGGUCGCGUCGCGUCACUCAUUCUCCUCAAUCUUCGCUCCUCUCAAAUAUCGCAACUGCUUCAACAAGAAAUCUUCCGCCAGAACCUUGCACACCUCAACCGUGCAUUGGCGCGUCAAAUUGUUGGAUUCGAAACAUUAUCCAUCCAGCAUUCUCCUGAUAACGAGGUCCCCGAGCUUGCCUUGUAUAACCAAGAGUUUGUGAUGCUCGGUGGAGAUUUGGCCUCAAGUCCAGUUGAACAGGCUCUGCGUAACUGGUCGUUAAAGGAGAAAUUGACUGAAAGCUCAGGAGAGAAAGGCGGCGUUGAUGUGGUGGACUUUUUGAAGUGGAAAGUUGGAGAAGGAGACGCAUAG